CCACCUCCCUCCAGUUUCAUCGCCCAUUGCCGAACGUAAUUGCUACCAUGAAAAGCUCCAUCACCGUAGCCAGUAUGAGUGCUGGGCUCGACAAUGUCUCCUUCUCACAGCCGAACCUACCACAGUCAUGGCAUUCGCAGAUCACGCUGCCAGCCAUCGUUGAAGGAUGGUUCACUUGGCAGUACGCCGUGACGUUCAUACUUGUUGUGAUUGUUUAUGAUCAAGUUAUGUACAUCAAGCGAAAGGGCUCCAUCGCUGGUCCUGCGUUCAAGAUCCCACUCAUGGGCCCGUUCCUUCAAGCACUCGAUCCGAAGUUCGACUCAUACCUCGCUCAAUGGGCCAGUGGACCUCUGAGUUGCGUUUCGGUCUUUCAUAAGUACGUAGUCGUUUCUCUGCACACUCAAUCGGUACAGCUACUCACAUUCUUUUACAAUAGAUUCGUUGUUCUCACCUCUGAUCGAGACUUGGCUCAUAAGGUCUUCAAGUCGCCCGCAUACGCCGAACCAUGUUUAGUCCCAGUCGCGAAAGACAUCAUCGGCCACAAAGCAUGGGUGUUCCUCCAAGGAAGAGACCAUGCAGAGUACCGCAGAGGGCUGGCACCCCUGUUUACCAACAAAGCCAUGGCUACUUACCUCCCAGUUCAAGAGAAGGUGUUGGCCGACUACUUCGACAAAUUUGUUGCCGCCAGCGAAGCCAACAAGAACAAAUCGAUGCCAUUCAUGACUCUUUUCCGUGAGAUCAAUUGUGCACUGUCAUGUCGUACGUUCUUCGGCGACUACAUCUCUCAGGACGCAAUCAAGAAGAUCUCGGACGACUAUUAUUUGGCCACUGCCGCCCUCGAGUUGGUCAAUGUUCCGCUCUCAAUAUACAUCCCGGGUACCAAAGUCUGGCGAGGUAAACGAGUCGCAGAUGCUGUCCAUGUUGAGUUUGCCAAAUGUGCAGCCGCAUGCAAGGCCAAGAUGGCGACUGGUGCAAAGCCUACGUGUACUGUUGACCACUGGGUUCGACACAUGAUGGAGUCCAAACAGUAUCGUGAGAAGAUCGCCGCUGGAGAAACCGAUGUGGAAAGACCGCCAAACUUGAUUCGCGAGUUCACCAACAAAGAGAUCGGAGAGACGCUAUUCACCUUCCUCUUCGCUUCACAAGAUGCGUCCAGCAGUGCCACGACUUGGCUCUUCCAGAUCCUCGCUCAACGACCUGAUGUGCUCAACGAACUGCGACAGGAGAACUUGGAUGCACGUGGUGGUGACAAGAACAAGCCGUUCGACCAGCCCAUGUUGGAGUCUCUCACGUACACCAACGCUGUCGUCAAAGAACUGCUACGUCACCGCCCGCCCGUCAUCUUCGUUCCUUAUCUUGCGACCAAGGACUUCCCCGUCACAUCGAACUACACCGUGCCCAAGGGUUCCAUGAUCAUACCGUCCUGCUAUCCAGCUUUGCAUGAUCCUCAAGUCUCCCCUGAGCCGGAUGUGUUCGACCCUGACAGAUGGAUCACCGGCGAUGCCGAGUCGAAGACUAAGAACUGGCUUGUGUUCGGCGCAGGACCACAUGACUGCCUUGCAAGGAGGUAUGUACCACUGUCUAUGGCAGGCAUGAUUGGUAAGGCGGCGAUGGAGCUUGAUUGGAAGCACUAUGAGACAGAGCUGUCUGAGGAGAUCAAGGUGUUCGCUACGCUGUUCCCGAUGGACGGAUGUCCUUUGGUUUUCACUAAACGCGCUUGA